CUCUUUCUUGCUCUCAAUCCCACAAACAUACACUCAUUUAGAAACAUCACCUACCUAGAACUAAAAUAGUGUUUCAAUCCAAUAUAUAUCUUUUAUUUUCUUUUUAUCUAUCAUUUAUUAUUCUUCUAUAUAUACACAACAUACAUAAAAAUGGAUAGUGAAAAAUGGCCAGAGCCAAUUAUUAGAGUCCAAGCCUUAGCUCAAAGUGGCAUAACUUCAAUUCCUCAACGUUUCAUCAAACCAAAAUUCCAAAGACCAACAAAUUUUACUACAACUCAAUCUUUUCUUCAUGAUCAUGAUGAGAAUUCAAACAACAACCUUAAUAUUCCAAUUAUUGAUUUACAACACUUGAAAGGCGACGACAAGAAGCUUCGAGCGGAAACGCUAGAGCGCGUUUCCGAGGCGUGUCGAGAAUGGGGAUUUUUCCAAGUUUUGAACCAUGGUGUUAGUCAUGAGUUGAUGAAGUGUGCUAGGAAUGUUUGGCGUGAGUUUUUUGAAUUACCAAUUGAGGUGAAGGAAGAGUAUGCUAAUUCACCAAGUACUUAUGAGGGUUAUGGAAGUCGAUUGGGAGUUAAAAAGGGUGCCAUUUUGGAUUGGAGUGAUUACUUUUUUCUUCAUUACAUGCCAUGCUCACUUAGGAACCAAACCAAGUGGCCUUCUCUUCCAACUUCUUUAAGGAAUGUGAUCAAUGAAUAUGGUGAUGAAGUUGUUAAGCUAGGAGGAAGGAUACUUCAAUUAUUAUCAAUUAAUCUUGGACUUAAUGAUGAUUUCCUUUUAAAUGCAUUUGGUGGUGAAAAAGAUGUUGGUGGUUGCUUAAGGGUGAAUUUUUAUCCAAAGUGUCCUCAACCUGAUCUCACACUUGGUAUCUCUCCUCACUCUGAUCCUGGUGGUUUGACCAUUCUUCUUCCUGAUGAUUUUGUAUCUGGACUUCAAGUUCAUAGAGGAGAUGAUUGGAUCACUGUUAAGCCUCUUCCAAAUGCUUUCAUCAUCAAUAUUGGUGACCAAAUUCAGGUGUUGAGCAAUGCAAUAUACAAGAGCAUAGAACAUAGAGUGAUAGUGAAUUCCAACAAAGAUAGAGUUUCAUUGGCCUUCUUUUAUAAUCCUAGGAGUGAUUUACUGAUUGAACCUGCUAAGGAACUUGUCACUAAGGAAACGCCACCACUCUACCCACCAAUGACAUUUGAUGAAUAUAGACUUUACAUUAGGACAAAAGGGCCUUGUGGAAAAGCUCAAGUAGACUCUUUGUUAUCCCAAAAAUGACUCCUAUUGUGUCAUUAUAAUUUUCAAUUAAGGGUCACUUGUUUGCAAUUAGUUAAUUACUCCUCUCAUAAUAAGAUAUAAAAAAAAAAUACAUUUCAAAAAUCAAUGUAUUUUAUUUAAAUUUUAUAUUAGAUAUAUCAAUUUUUUUUUUGGUGAUUUUUAUUAUAGAUCACCUAUGAAGAUAGUUCGUUAUGGACGAAUGUUUAAAUGUCUUCUGAAUUAUAAUGAAGAUCGAAGAUACUCCUCAGAA